AUGGAUGCGGAUGGGGAUCCGCCACCCCAACCAAAACCACUUUGGGACCCCAACAAACGCCGUGCAAAUAUAAUUGCAAACCUAAACAAAAAAUUUAUAAACAAUGAUGGUGAACCUAUUAGUACAAAUAUGUCUCAGGCUUCAUCCAAUGAGUCGGAAUCUUCCCAAAAGUUUGAAUCAAACUAUAAUGCCAUGAAGGCAAACACUUUUUACCCACAACACCAUCCAGGGCCUUUUUACGUUAUGGUCACGUCAGAGACUCCUAUAAGUUCCAGGAGGAAAAACUGUGAACUACAUUUAUAUGUCCUUUUGCAAAAAAUUAAUAUGCCAACUACAUAUGUUUGCAAAAACGUUGGCUACAAUACUUUCCGUCUUACCUUCAACAACUGCAAUUUGGCAAAUUCAUUUGCACAAAACAAAAGACUGCAAGAAGUUGGCCUGAAAGCCGAAAUUCCUGAGAGAUUCAUCCAAAAAUUUUACGUAAUCAAAAAUGUUCCUAAGUCAAUUGAUGGUAUAACCAUUAAAAAUUCUAUUGAAGAGAAUAAUGAUAUAGAUGUGAUAUCGGUCUACCGAUUCACCAGAAAAAACGAAAAUGAUUUAAUCGAAGAAACUGAAACCAUAAAAGUAGGAAUCAUAUGCGAUGGUGUUCCUCAGUACAUUUUUAUGUGUGGUACUAGAGUCAUACCCGAUCUAUAUGUUCCCCCCGUACGUCUGUGCAAAAAUUGUGGUCGUCUUGGUCACAUUGCUGUGCGUUGCAAGUCUACUAAACGUUGCCUUGACUGUGGCAAGUUAAUUAUUUGCCCAAAUCAAUGCAAGGAGCAAAAAUUGUUGAUCACAACGCUAUGGACGACAAAAUAUGUCCAAGAUGGAAAACCGAAAGGAGUAUUAAAUCAAUUAUGA